UCGAGCUGAACUACACAAAGGAGAAAAAAAAUCCUGGAAAUCCUGGAAAUUAUGAACAGUGCAUCAGUUCUUCUACUUUGCGUGGGUCUUUUUAUUUCUGUGUUGGGAGAUUCUCUCCGCCCCUAUUUUGGGUGUAUACAAAGCUUACUACAAAAGCAGGUGCAUAGUUAACUAUAUGUAACAUACAUAUCCGACCCACCACAGAUAGAACUUCCCUGAAUAGUGUUUUCAACUGACAUUGUCCGAUAGACAAACUCACUUCUAAUCCAAAUUCUCCUGUAUUUUGAGACCACAAUGUCCAUCCAUACCCCUCUGUGCUCGCUGCUGGGCAUCGACAGCCCCGUGCUCCUCGCAGGCAUGGCCAAAGCCUCCGGAGCUCCCCUCGCCGCGGCAGUUUCCAACGCAGGCGGCCUCGGAGUCAUCGGGGGCCUUGGAUACACGCCCGAACAGAUAGACGAGAUGCUGACGGAGCUCAAGUCCCUGCUGAAGGACAAAUCCCUUCCGUUUGGCGUUGAUCUCGCCCUCCCGCAGGUUGGUGGCAACGCCCGCAGGACCAACCACGACUACACCAACGGCCAGCUGGACCAGCUGAUUGACGUUAUCAUCGCCCAUGGCGCGAAGCUCUUUGUCUGUGCCGUCGGGGUGCCGGCCCCGCAUGUGAUUCGGAAGCUGCACGACGCGGACAUCCUCGUCAUGAAUAUGAUCGGGCACCCGAAGCAUGCGGAGAAGGCGCUCAAGCUCGGGGUGGAUCUCGUUUGUGCGCAGGGCGGCGAGGGCGGCGGCCAUACCGGUGAUAUUCCCUUCUCUGUCCUCAUCCCGGCGGUUGUGGAUACGGUGCAGAAGUACAAGAGUCCUAUGACCGGCCAAACGCCGCUGGUGGUUGCGGCGGGAGGCGUCCACGAUGGACGCAGCCUGGCGGCGGCGUUGAUGCUGGGCGCGGCGGGGGUCUGGGUUGGUACCCGUUUCCUUGCUACUACGGAGAGUGGCGCGAGUGAGCUGCACAAGGAGGCUGUUGUCGGGGCUCAGUACGGCGAUACCAAACGUACUCUGGUUGUGUCCGGACGGCCGCUGCGGAUGCUGCCAAAUGACUAUAUCAAGGAGUGGGAGAAGCGCCCCGAGGAGAUUCGGAGCUUGACGUCUCAGGGAAUUGUCCCGCUGGAACAUGACCUUAAUAAUGACAAAGACUUUGACAUUCCCUUUCUCAUGGGUGAUGUUUCUGGUAUUAUCAAGGAAAUCAAGCCCGCUGGGGAUGUUCUCCGUGAGAUGGUCCAACAGGCUGCCGGCCUUUUGAAGCAGGGAGUUGCAUAUACCACUGGUCCGCCAAGUAAGCUAUAAGGUAUAUAUUUCUUCGUUUUCUCGCGCUGUGGUUGUCGAGUCUACAUUUCUUGCCUGUGGGUGAUUGGGCUGGACUCUAUACUC